CGUGGUUUGUGAGGGGUUUCGUAAAGUUGUUCAAACUCACCACGGCUUCAAAGCAAUGAUAAACGUUUGCAAACAAUAUCGAUUUCCGAGGGAUUAAACAGUAACUUUUGUUUUACAAAAACGGUGAUGUGAGAUCCAAGUUUAGCUCCAACGAACGUGUGUGCAUCGUUAUGACGAAAACGAACCAAUCAGGAGACGCCAUAGACCUCGGCACAAUAGGACACCAGAACCUAACAACCUUUGUUAUUGAAAUGGCGGCGAUGUAAACGGUCGCCAAGCAUUCCCUUGUGUGAAAUAUUUGAGUUUUAAAAAGCUUCGUCCAGUAACCGCAGAAGGAGAGACCAUCAAAUAUUCAGGACUUCUCGAGGGGUCGGUAAAUGCUCGAAAGCACUUCGAUAACUGCUGCGAAUUGUGGAUUAGUGAAAGCGUGUGGACGCCAUAUUUGAUCUGUCAAAGAUCUGCUUUCGAAUUACUGGCAACGCUCUUGGACUUGUAUCAGCUGCGUGGAUUUAAACCGUUGGCUCUGUUUGUGGUUAUAUAUAGCUUUGGAAUUUGCCAGCAACUUUACGGCGAGACGGUGCUAAAACAGUUUACAAGCGCUGGAGUUCUACGGAAUCCUUCGAACUUUGGAGAACCGUGUUGUUUUUGCCGAACGUGAGUACCAAACGACGCUUGAACACGAUAUUUUGACAGCUGUUUCCUCAUCGAGUUUGAAGUCGUUGUAUUCUGAGAAAGUUUAUCGCAUUGAGCGAUUUUUAUUUGGUGGAAGAAUGGAAAUUCACCUAAGUAAAGAGUAAACUGCGCCCUAAAUUGACAUUCCAAGCCCUCCAGCUCGGCCGUUGAUCGGUAAGCUUAGAAGGGCAAAUACCACAAACGAUAAGGAAAUCAACUUAGCUGCUUAUGCAUCGCCACUGGACUGUGAAACGGCAAGUUUGCGUGAAUUUGUGAAAGACUUUAGAGCUUCGAAAUCGUUUGAAAAACAAUGCAUUUGGCGUUACUGCAGUUUAACCUUGAACGGCUUGCCAGAAUUUGCGUUGUCUGGGUUUUUGCAUCGAGUUUGAUUGUUGUGUCGGCUCAGAAUGGCACCUCUCCGUUUUCAAACUUACUGUGUAACUUGCAGUGUCCAUCUGGUUUCCACUGCUUUAACAACACCGUUAAGACGACGGUAAUUGAAUGGGGACACAAUGGUCAUAUCUGUAACGGCCAGUCACCUGGAGAAUGUUAUAAUGGAGAAAUUGACCCCAUGGGGUUUCAAAGAGCUCCUAGACAAGUUCCUCGAACAGUUGUACAAGGGGAUACUGUGAUAUUUGAACCGGGUACAAUCAUACUUGAAGUUCUGAAUGUUUCAAGAGAUGCUUUCUUUAGCUGUGACUCAGUGAAUGGACAGCUGGUUGAAAAUAGAACUGAUUCCUUAUUCCAAGUGCCUUCAAAGUAUUUAAACCCACCUGGAAUCAAGUAUUUUAUAACAGAAGAGGACAUUUUUAGAAGUUGUAGUUUUGGUAUAAGGCUUGAAGUGUAUGUACGUAGCCGUCAACAGCCAGGCUGUAUAAACUCAGCAAUACCUAACUUAGGUGUAUGCAGCGGGGUUGGUCUUUGCACCAGUCAGGCAAACACCUUUUUUACACGGAAUUACUCUUGCUUAUGUUGUGAUGCGUACAAAGGACAGUACUGUGAAGAGCUAGACAGUUGUCAUGCCAGUAGGAACCCUUGUAAAAAUGGUGCAACAUGCCAAGAUAUCGUGGAUGGUGUCGCCAAUAGCUUUAACUGUAGUUGUGUGCCUGGAUAUGAGGGAACCUUUUGUGAAAAGAACAUUGAUGAAUGCCAGUCUAGUCCAUGCAUAAAUGGAGGAUUUUGUGUGGAUAACAUCAAUCAAUACACAUGUUUGUGCCCACCAGACACUGAAGGGGUAAAUUGUGAAGUUGUUAUCAAAGAUCUUUGUGCAGAUAACCCGUGUGCUAAUGGAGGAACGUGUCUAAGAUCUGGAGAUAAACGUAGGAAUUAUACUUGUAUUUGUCCUCCAAAUUUUACUGGCCGAAACUGUACAGUAAACAUCACUUCAUCGUCUGUUGUGGUUACUUCAACACCACCUUUUCAAACAAGUAAGGUAUUUUCCACCUCUUUGGUGGCAAAUUUUAGCUUUGUCACUCAAGGAUCAUCAAGCUCUUCUAUCAUUACAAUAGCAGUGACAUCUUCCAUUCCUAAAAUGUCACAAAUAAUCACAGGAACUAGCUCCUCACAAGAAAUGUCACCUGCAAUGUCCUCGCGGCAGCUGUCAUCUGUGUCUAUGAUGACUAGCAAGUCAGUAACUUCACUUUCAUCAUCAACACUACAUGUACGGUCAUCCUCAACAGUAAGGUUGUCGUCUUCAUUUUUGUCAGUUCAUGAGACAUUUGUCUCUUCCUCGCUUCCUGCUAUACAGACCUCAUCACAAGUGACAUUUUCAUCUGUGUUACUUACUCCAACAGCAGUUAACAGCAGUGUUUCACAAGCUGUUACUCCAGUCAUAACACCAAGUGGAAGCCAAACUGUGGUAACUAUGACAACCGAGUCCAUGGAGAGUUUCUCAUCACGACCAGCUGAGACUUCAUCUUUGCAAUUAACAUCAUCACCUGGAUCAAGCCGGCCACUGUCAUCGUCUUUGUCUUUAUCACUUAAAUCAUCACCAGAAUUAACAUCAACUGUUACAGAUCCUGCGAGCACAUCCCUAAUGUUCUCUUCUUCUGUUGCCUCACCAUCUGUAGCAUCAAGGUCAUCCAUUAGAACAACUCCAUUAUCAUUAUCAUUAUCAACUGUCUAUUACACGUCAACUGUCAAGAUAUCUCCGUCAAUGAGUACUGUUCUUAUCUCCUCAUCAGUAGUGCCCACUACGUCACCUACACCAACUACAGUACCCUUAAUAAAUCAGACUUGUAUUGACAAUCCUUGUAACAAUGGAACAUGUGUUGACGAGUCAUACUUAGGAAACAAGUUCCGUUGUGAGUGCCCUUAUCCAACAAUUGGACCAGUGUGUACAAGUGGGUUUGACCUCCACUUUCCAGCCUUUGGAAGGAAGUCCUUUCUGGAACACAAAAGUAUUUCAUUUAACUUGGAGGAAAACAGGAUUGACAUAACCUUCCAGACAAACACAAGUGAUGGACUGCUUCUCUUUGCGGCUGACAACAAAGACCGGGGAGAUUUUAUCCAGCUGCGUGUUGUGGGUGGUAAGCUGGAGUUCAGAUUUGAUCCUGGUGACAGCUUAGUGUUCAUCCAAAGUAUUGAAAGAGUGGAUACUGGUAACACAGUUACAGCAACAGCCACCUAUGUCAGCAAUUCAGGAACACCUUUUGGCACUCUUCAAGUUGGCAAUGGUGUAGAACUUAAGCGUGAAGUCAGAGGAAAACUCAUUGGGAUACAACUCUACGACAACUGGUAUAUAGGGGGAGUUCCACCAGGCCUGGACAUGCUCAACAAAACCAAAGGCCAAGCUGCUCCAUCAUCCUCUUUUGUUGGAUCUAUCAAAGAUGUACAAGUUAACGGAGAAACUAUCAAUCUUGCAGAUGCUAAAGACUGGUAUAACAUCAAUGAAGGUGACAUGCCACCAUGCCAGAAAAUGCCAUGCAGAAAUGGAGUAUGCAUCCCACAUAAGGACAACAUACAUGAUUACACCUGCAAUUGCACGGCAGGAUUCAGUGGAAAGAAUUGCGAGAUUUACACUGCUUGUGAAUCAGAGAGUUGCAAUGGAGGAGAGUGUAUACCUAACGCCUCCAACCCUCUGGACUUUGUCUGUCUCUGUCCCUUUGGAAGGGUUGGAAUGCAAUGUCAAACAGGUGGGUAUGCAAUUUAUUGAACCAUGUAUUAUUUUACAGGGUUCGUACAGGUCAUGGAAAACCUGGAAA